AUGGCCGCCAGGUCGCAAUACACGACCUUCUCAGCCAGACCGGCUAUAAUAUCCCAGAAGAGACGAUUCAACCUCCCUUCGCUAUCCUCACUUGCACCGCAAUUUUCUGCGCCCGAACCACGCAGCCUUUCAGCGACCCGAACGCUUCCAUUUGGGCCGUCGCCUCUUUUCCAAACAAUCUCCUCCAUCGAUGCCUACAAAGAUUUCCUCCCCUUCCUUACAGAGUCAAAAGUGACUGCUCAUGACUCCAAAACCGGCUAUCCUACGCGCGCAUAUCUAACGAUUGGAUACGGGCCACUUAGCGAAACCUUUGAGUCAAAAGUUGAGUGUGAUGAGACGACGUGGUCUGUGGGAGCUAGGAGCGGUGAUAUAGCUCUCCAACACAAGCAGCCAGGCAGUAACACAAAGGGGGAGUGCAUAUUUGAGCAUUUGGACACCAUUUGGAAAUUGGAGCCAUUAAAAUCGAACUCGAAUGGUGGUGAGAGGACCAAAGUUGAUUUGACUGUUCGCUUUCAAUUCCGGAGCCCUCUACAUGCAGCUAUGAUGACCGCAGUUGAGAGCCAAAUGGCCGGGUUGAUGAUUGAAGCAUUCGAAAAGCGGAUGAUUGAAGGUGGAAGGAGGUGA